GUCCCGACGACGCGAUGGACGACGGACGGCUCCGCAAAACCGGAAAUAAACUGGCCCUCCUCCGAGGAGUCGGCCGCCUGGCGAUGACCCCCAGGUCCGUCAGUCCCGAGACCGCCAAGCGGAGGCGGGAGGAAUGCGAGCGCAAAGCCAGACGCGGGGAGAUGGACCCCAGGCUGGAAUUCACGUUCCAGAUCCUCAUAGAUGCCACCGGAUUGCCCCGACACGAAAUCAUGGACCACGUGUUCGAGGGAAACAUGCUGGACGAGAUCAAUCAGCUGUUCCUGCCGCACAUGAAGAGCAAACUGAUGUGGUUCUACCAGGACGUCUUGGAAACAGAACCACCUCCGCCUACCGACGUCUCUAAGCCGGGUACCAGCAGACAGCUGCAGGCUAGCACCAGCCGCGCGAACCUGGUGCAAAACUUCGUUCCCGUAUACAAGAAGAAACUCUUCCUGACGGACGGCUGGCAGGUGCCUCUGAGCGGCGUCUGCGUCUAUAUCUUCCGCACCAACAGCGGCAAACAGCUGCCCGAGGAAGGUUUCCAGAAAGAUCUGUUCUGCGGCGUGGUGGACGCGAAGAGAAUCGGCCUCGUCGCGACGAUCGAGCGCGUCAUCGAGCACGUCUUCAUGGAGGCGCUGGCUCACCCGAGUCUGGACUGCGAGGACGACGCCGCCAGCUGCCCGAUGGUGAAGAACCAGCUGCUGCCCAGCCUCAGGUCCUUCUGCAGCGUGUUGAGGGUGUGCGAGGAGGUGGCGAAUGAGGGUAAUCUCUUCGACGACGGCCAAUCGUUGACCCGUAAGCUUCGCAUGGAGGAAGUCAAGGAGAUGGCAAAGUAUCCCGACAAGGUGCAGCUCCUGGAGGAGCGCGUUAGAGGCUGGUGCAAGCGGCUCGACGAAAUUUUGAAAGAGAGUGAGCAAAUACGCCGCGAGAACGACACGUCCGGCCCUCAGGACGAGCUCGAGUACUGGAAGAAGAGGGGAGCUCAAUUUUCGCAGAUCGCUAACCAAGUAGGCUCGAGGGAAGUCCAGAUGACAGUCAUCUGCCUCAAGACCGCCCGCUCGAAGCUGAUCAAGCAAUGGUCGGACACGGACAAGAAGAUCACCUUCUGCUACAACGAGGCCAAGGACAACGCCAAGUUUAUCCAAGCCCUGGAGACGAAGUGCCACUCUCUCUACCUGGACGACCCGGUGAAAAUGCGGGAGUGCAUCAUGGGCCUCCUCCAAACGGUCCGGCUCAUACACGGCAUCUCGCAGUUCUACAACACUUCGGAGCGCUGCUCCGCGUUGAUGGUAAAGAUUACAAACCAGAUGAUCGAGACCUGUAAGGGUUACGUCACGUGCCGCGGCCAGGAAAGCAUUUGGACCCAAGAUAGAUCCCUGAUGAAGGACAAACUGACCCAGUGCAUCGUGCUGAACAAGGUCUACAGGAGGACGUACCACGUGGUGAAGAAUCACGAGUUCUUGCCGGGCAGGCAGCCGUUCGAAUUUUCCGAGAACUACAUCUUCGGCAAGUUCGACGCGUUCUGCAAACGCCUCGGCAAAAUCAUCUCCAUGUUUGAGAUGAUCGACGACUACACGACCCUGUUUCAGCGUCGCAUGGAGGGUCUGCUCUUGGGAGACGCUUUGGAGGAAGCCGUCGAAAACUUCGCCGAGAUCAAGGCUUUGGUGAUGAACAAACAGUACGACUACCUGGAUCAGAGGAACGCCGAGUUCGAGCACGAUUUCAAGAACUUCCUCAAGCACACCGACGAGCUCAAGGAGAAGAUAGCCGACACGAUAGAGAGGAACUUCGAGAGCGUGUGGGAGACGCCCCAGGGAAUCAGGUUCCUAACCAGGUUCGAGAAGGUCAGCGAGAAGAUCCCCCUCGCCAAGAUGGAGGAGAAAUACGAACGUAUCCUCAAGUACUGUGAGAAGGAGGUGGACCGGAUCAUAAAGAUGUACAGGAAGCAAAAGGACGACCCACCGAUUCCACGAAUGUUCCCCCCCAUAGCCGGGAGGAUCAAAUGGGCCCGCUGCCUGGUUUCGCAUCUGGAGGAGUUGUUGUCCAACGUCACCUCUCACCACGUCAUGAAGAAUUUGCCGACAACCGUGGAACUGUCGCGACGUCACAAAGCGGCCGAAAACACCCUGAGGAUGUACGAAACGGACAUGGUCGCUUUGUGGAUGAACCAGCACGUUGCGGACGUCGACCACUGUUUGCUGAAGAAACUCGUCGCCGUGUGCCCCGAGCGCCAGAAGCUCAAGGUGAACCUGCACCCGACGAUCCCUCUGCUGAUACGAGAGUCCGACCUGAUGAUCAAGAUGGACCUGCCUGUGCCGAUGGUGGCGCUGACUUUGUACUCCAAACAAGACCACUUUAGCCUGAUUCAAGACUCGCUUCAGUUUCUGCUCGACGACUUCCUCGAGGCCGUCCAGAGCGUAAAACUCGAGGUGAGGCCCCUGUUCCUACCCCAUCUCAUCAAGCUCACCUCCAAAAUCGAGCCGGGAUUGACGACGCUCACCUGGGUAUCAUCCGAUUGGCAACGCUACGUCGACGAGGCCAACGCAUGCGUCAACAACUUCAAAGUGUUGACGACGAGGGUCCACGACAUCUACGUCAACCGGGUGCUGGAGGUCCUCGCCGCAAUGCAAACGGUCCGCCUCCACGCGCUCCCCGAAGAAGGCGACGAGCCCUGGACCAUAAACGACUUCUGCGACAGCGUCGACGACGUCUGCCGCUCGGCUGCCGCGGAGCUCCACAAGAGGAGUCUCAUGGUGGAGGAAGCCGUGGAGGAAAUACUCACUUUAGUGAAGAAGGCCAGGAUCGAUUCUGAAGAGUGCCCAUUCGAAGAUGACGGCGCGAGCGAACCGACCUCCCAGCAGCAGUCCGAUUGGUCGUUGGUGUGGGAGUGUUUCGAAAAACCUCACCUGUUGCUCAGCGGCGGUAUGGACAAGGCGAUGCAGGAGGUGGUCAAAGGAGCAGUAGGGGAAAUGCGAAGGUACUACACCAGGAAAGUGAUCGACGUGCUGGUGAAGGCGACGCGGCAAUCUCUGGACGCUUUGAGGAAGAGGUUCUGCGCCGAAGAUUCCGAUAAACGCGAGCGCACACCCGUGUUCGUCCUUCACGCCGUGCUGCUGAUCCCGAAGGUGGGGGUGAAGCCGGACUUGGAGGAGGUGCAGGACGUGCUCAACCUGGCGGGCAAGAACAUCACCUCGGUGUCCAAGGGGGUGGGCCAGUGGGGCAAAGAGGAACCGCCACCAAAGAGGUCCGCUUGGGCGAAGCUAGCGGGUCCGACCGCGAACCUCAUGGACGUAGUAAACCGUCAUGUCCAACAGAAACCGCCCAAAGGUCCGGUAAGGACCAAGGAGGAUGACUUCCGCUCACGCCGCCGCAAACUCUACCGCCUCUCCACCGUCGAGAAGCCGCUGUUCCCGCUGCAGCAGCGCAACUUCUUCGGCCACGUGAUGGAAAACAAGGAGGUCAUCAAGACACUCUCCCUGCUCGCGUCUUGUUCCCAGGACAUGCGGCAGGAGAUGUCACAAUUUCUGGGAAGGUGGCGACCGUACAGCGUGCUCUGGAGGAACGAGAAAACCCAGAGGGAGCUGCUCGGCUGUUGCCUCCCGGAAUUUGAGGCGUCUCUCAGGAAACACGAGGAACUGAGCGAGAGGCUGGCGACGGAACCGGACUUGUUCGCCAUAGCCGGUUGCCUGGCGGUGUCUAGCGAGAAACUCAAAUACGGCCUGAUGACGGAAAUCAAAUCUUGCACCCACAGGAUCGGCCAGGCGAUGAAGAAGAAAUACAAACGCGAGAUGGAAUACGUUUACGCGGUCAUCAACGAAAUGGAGAGAAAGCUGGAGCGCACCAUCAGAGACCUGGACGACGUGAGGAUGAUUAUGGAGACGCUGAAGAAGAUCAGGGAGCAGGAAGUCGACAUGGAGUUGAAAAUAGACCCAGUAGAAGAAGCGUUCAACGUGCUGAAUCGCUUCGACGUGGCUGUCGAGCGUGAGAUCCUGGACCAGGUGGACAACCUGCGCGAUACGUGGAAGCAACUGCUCCACAACGCACUGGCGGUCCAGGUUAAACUGCUCGACAUGCAGCCGCAGUUCCAGAACGACUUGAAGAACAACCUGGAGAAGUUCAGGCAGGACAAGAUCGACUACUGCGAAGAGUACCGCACCGCGGGACCCAUGCAGACCGGCCUUACCCCCAGGGAAGCGUCGGAUCGCUUGAUACUGUUUCAGAACCGCUUCGACGGUAUGUGGCGCAAGCUGCAGACGUACCAGAGCGGAGAGGACCUGUUCGGGUUGCCCACCACCGACUACCCCGACUUGGCCCAGAUCAGGAAAGAGCUCAACCUGCUCCAGAAGCUCUACAAGCUGUACAACGAUGUCAUAGACCGCGUCAACAGCUAUUACGACAUCCCGUGGGGGCAGGUCAACAUCGAGGAGAUCAACAACGAGCUGAUGGAGUUCCAGAAUCGCUGCAGGAAGUUGCCGAAAGGUCUGAAAGAGUGGCCGGCAUUCUAUGCCCUGAAGAAAACCAUCGACGACUUCAACGACAUGUGCCCGUUGCUCGAACUGAUGGCCAACAAGGCGAUGAAGCCGAGACACUGGCAGAGGAUUAUGGAUUCGUUACGUCACGUGUUCGAGUUCGAGAACGAGGGUUUCUGCCUGAAGAACAUCCUCGAAGCGCCGCUGCUCCAGCAUAAAGAAGACAUCGAGGACAUAUGCAUAUCGGCGAUGAAAGAGAAGGACAUCGAAGCCAAGCUGCGGCAGGUGACCAACGAGUGGUCCAUCCACGAGCUCACGUUUAUGACGUUCAACAAUCGAGGCGAGCUGUUGCUCAGGGGAGACACUACUGCGGAGACUAUAGGACAGCUAGAGGACAGCCUCAUGGUGCUGGGUUCGUUGCUGUCCAACAGAUACAACGCCCCGUUCAAGAAACAGAUCCAGCAAUGGGUCCACGACCUAUCCAACACGAACGAGAUCUUGGAACGAUGGCUGCUCGUACAGAACAUGUGGGUGUACUUGGAGGCAGUGUUCGUAGGCGGCGACAUCGCCAAGCAACUGCCCAAGGAAGCGAAGAGGUUUUCGAAAAUCGACAAGUCCUGGCAGAAAAUCAUGCAGAGGGCGCACGAGACGCCGGGCGUCGUAUCCUGCUGCGUCGGCGACGACAUGCUUAAGCAGCUGCUGCCUCAUCUGCAGGAACAGCUCGAGCUGUGUCAGAAAUCGCUGAGCGGGUACUUGGAACGGAAGAGGACGAUGUUUCCGAGGUUCUUCUUCGUGUCGGAUCCCGCGCUGCUGGAGAUCCUCGGGCAGGCGUCCGAUUCCCAUACUAUCCAGAACCAUCUGCUGAGCAUCUUCGACAACACCAGAUACGUCAAGUUCCACGACAUCGAGUACAACAAGAUCACGGAGGUGAUCUCGUCGGAGGGGGAAACUAUACAGCUGGAGAAGGCCGUCAGAGCCGAGGGCAGCGUGGAAACUUGGUUGACGCAGCUUUUGGUGACGUCGCAGCAGUCGCUGCACUCGAUCAUCCGUCAAGCGUUCACAAUGAUCAACGACGCCAACCUGCAGCUCUUGGUGUUCUUGGACAAGAUGCCGGCUCAAAUCGGGUUGCUGGGACUCCAGAUGAUCUGGACCCGGGACGCAGAGCUGGCUCUACUUCAAGCUCGUCACGACAAGAAGGUGAUGCCGGACACCAACAACAAAUUCCUGGAGCUGCUCAACACCCUCAUCGACCAAACGACAAGAGACCUGACGAAGAUCGAGCGCACCAAGUUCGAAACCCUAAUUACCAUCCACGUUCACCAAAGGGACAUCUUUGAUAUCCUGUGCCGGCUCAACGUCCGACACGUCAACGACUUCGAGUGGCUGAAGCAAUGCCGGUUCUACUUUAAAGAGGAGAUGGACAAGACUCUCAUCGUCAUCACCGACGUCACCUUCUCGUAUCAAAACGAAUACCUAGGCUGUACCGACAGACUGGUGAUCACCCCGCUAACGGACAGGUGCUACAUCACAUUGGCGCAGGCCCUGGCCAUGAGCAUGGGCGGGGCGCCUUGCGGGCCGGCUGGUACCGGUAAAACGGAAACCGUCAAAGAUAUGGGCAAAACCUUAGCCAAGUAUGUGGUGGUAUUCAACUGCUCCGACCAAAUGGAUUACAGGGGCCUUGGUCGCAUAUACAAGGGACUCGCGCAGUCCGGAUCCUGGGGUUGCUUCGACGAAUUCAACAGGAUCGAGCUCCCGGUGCUCUCGGUGGCCGCUCAGCAAGUAGCGGUCGUCUUGGCUAGCAAAAGGGAGAAGAAGAAAACGUUCCAGUUCACCGACGGCGACGUCAUAGAGAUGUGUCCAGAGUUUGGCAUCUUCAUCACCAUGAACCCCGGCUACGCUGGUCGGAAGGAGCUCCCGGAAAACCUCAAGAUCCAGUUCAGGAUCGUCGCGAUGAUGGUGCCCGACCGCCAGAUCAUCAUCAGGGUCAAGCUCGCGAGUUGCGGCUUCCUCGAGAACAUCACUCUAGCCAGGAAGUUCUACACGCUGUACAAGCUAUGCGAGGAACAGCUCACGAAGCAAGUACAUUACGACUUUGGGCUCAGAAACAUCCUCUCGGUUCUUCGGAGCCUCGGGUCGGCCAAGAGGAUCAACAGCAAAGACACCGAGAGCACCAUCGUCAUGAGGGUGCUCAGGGACAUGAACCUGUCGAAGCUCAUCGACGAAGACGAACCGCUCUUCAUUUCCCUGGUGGCUGACCUCUUUCCCAACCAAGUACUAGAGAAGACCGCCUAUCCGGAAUUAGAGGAGGCGAUCAACGCGCAGGUGGAGGCUGCUGGACUCGUGAACCAUCCUUCCUGGUCCUUAAAACUAAUUCAGCUCUACGAAACGCAGAGAGUCAGGCACGGAAUCAUGACGCUGGGUCCUUCCGGUGCGGGGAAGACCUCUUGCAUCCAGACGUUGAUGAAGGCUCUAACACAGAUGGGAGACGUCCACAGGGAGAUGAGGAUGAACCCCAAAGCGAUCACGGCCGCCCAGAUGUUCGGCAGGCUGGACGUCGCCACCAACGAUUGGACUGACGGGAUAUUCUCCGCUCUAUGGAGGAAAACGUUGAAAAUGAAAUCCGGAGAGCACGUGUGGCUCGUCCUGGAUGGUCCCGUGGACAGUAUUUGGAUAGAGAACCUAAACUCGGUACUGGACGACAACAAAACGUUGACCUUGGCGAACGGCGACCGGCUAUCGAUGUCGCCCACGUGCAAAAUCAUCUUCGAGCCGGAGAAUAUCGACAACGCGUCGCCGGCGACGGUGUCCAGGAACGGCAUGGUGUACAUGAGCUCUUCCGGACUCACCUGGAGGCCGAUUUUGAGGGCGUGGAUGAAGAAGCGUAGCCAAAAGGAGCAGGACGUUCUGCUGAAGCUGUUCGACGACUCCUUCGGCAGUUUGUUAGCGUGGGGGACGCAGAACUUGACGAUGGUGGUCGACGUGCUCGAGUGCAACGUCAUACUCCAGAUGAUCCAUCUGCUGGAAGGUUUGAUUCCCGCGCAGGUGGAGCCGAAGGAGGAAGUUUCCGGGGCGAAAUCAGACCUCGGCGAUGAAGACGACCUGAGCGACGAAACGGAGAAGAACGAGGAACGUAAAAUCUUAACCAGUGAGCAUUUGGCCAAGGUCUACGUGUUCGCGUUGACGUGGGGCAUGGGAGCCUACUUGGACGGAGACGAUAGGGUCAAGUUCGACGCGUUCGUCAAGGAAAACUUGAGUUUUUUGGAUCUGCCCCAAAACAACCCCAAAACCCCCGACGCAACCGUAUUCGACUACGUGGUAAACCCUGGCGGCAAUUGGAUGCCGUGGAGCACCAUGGUCACCAACUACGUGUACCCGGAGAACUCGACGCCAGAAUUCGCCAGCAUCCUCAUCCCCAUCACCGACAACGUGAGGAUUAACUACUUGGUGGACACAAUCGCCAAGCAGGACAAGGCGGUGAUGCUGGUCGGCGAACAAGGCACCGCCAAAACCGUGAUGAUGAAGUCGUACAUGAAGAAAACCAAUCCCGAAGUGUACCUCCACAGAGCGUUUAACUUUUCCAGCGCCACCACGCCGUAUCAGUUCCAGAAGAACGUCGAAAGCUACGUGGAGAAGAGGAUGGGCAAUACUUUCGGCGCGCCCAGCGGCAAGAAACUCAUCAUUUUCAUCGACGACAUCAACCUGCCCGAGAUUAACUGCUGGGGUGACCAGAUAACCAACGAAAUUGUGCGCCAGACGAUGGACAUGGGAGGCUUCUACAGCCUGGAGAAACCCGGCGAGUUCACGACGAUAGUAGACGUCCAAUUCGCAGCGGCUAUGGGGCAACCUGGAGGCGGGAGGAACGACAUACCUUCAAGGCUGAAGAGGCAAUUCAGCAUGUUUAAUUGCCCGCUGCCGAUGGACGCGUCCAUCGACAAGAUUUUCGGCGUUAUCGCCCAAGGUCACUACAACGCCAAACGUGGCUUCACCGUCGAGGUACGCAACCUGGUGAAGAAGCUGAUCCCGCUGACGAGAGUCUUGUGGAAGAGCACCAGGGCGAAGCUUCUGCCUACUCCCGCUAAGUUCCACUACGUGUUUUCCCUGCGGGAUCUGUCCAGGAUAUGGCAGGGGAUGAUUGGGACGUUAUCUACGGUGAUUGACUCGGAGGGAUGCAUGAUGGUCCUCUGGAAGCACGAGUGUGCCAGGGUAUUCUCCGACCGGUUCACCAUCGAAGACGACAAGCGGUGGUUCAACGAGGAAGUACUCAACCUAGUGGAAGAGCACUUGCGUAAAGACCUCCGCCACAAAACGGAACCAGACCCGGUCUUCGUAGACUUCAUGAGGGACGCACCCGAACCUACGGGAGAAGAAGGCGAGGACGCGGACAUGGAGCUGCCCAAGGUGUACGAGCCCGUGACGGAUCACAACGAGCUCAGGGAACGUCUGGAGAUGUUCCUCGCGCAGUUCAACGAGAUGGUGCGGGGGUCCGGGAUGGACCUGGUGUUCUUCCCGGACGCCAUGUUGCACCUGGUGAAGAUCUCUCGGGUGAUCAGACACCCCCGAGGAAACGUCAUGCUCGUAGGAGUAGGAGGCAGCGGCAAACAAUCACUGACGAAGCUGUCGUCGUUCAUAGCCGGCUACAAGACGUUCCAGAUCACCCUCACCAGAUCGUACAACAUAGGCAACUUCCUCGAGGACCUCAAAGCGCUCUACAGGUCGUGCGGGUGCCAGAGCAAAGGCACCACGUUCAUUUUCACCGACCUGGACAUCAAAGAGGAGGGCUUCCUCGAGUAUCUCAAUAAUAUACUCUCGUCGGGGGUGAUAUCGAACCUGUUCACCAAAGACGAGCAGGCGGAGAUUAUCCAGGAGCUGACGCCGAUCAUGAAACGCGAGAACCCGAAGAGGAUGCUCAACCCGGAAGUGGUGAUGGAAUAUUUCAUGAACAGAACGUGCCAGAACCUGCACGUCGUCUUUUGUUUCUCGCCGGUGGGCGAAAAGUUCAGGAACCGCGCAUUGAGGUUCCCGGCUUUGAUAUCGGGCUGCACCGUCGACUGGUUCCAGCCUUGGCCCAAGGACGCCCUCGUCCUCGUCGCCCGACACUUCCUCAAUGAUUUCGACAUCGCCUGCACCGACCAAGUCAAGGAGGAGUUGGUCAAUGCCUUGGGAUCGAUACAGGACGUCGUCGCUGAGACCUCCGCGGAAUAUUUUCAAAGGUUCCGGAGGGCGACCCACGUCACCCCCAAGUCGUACCUCAACUUCAUAGCGGGCUACAAGGGCAUCUACAACAGCAAACGUAAGGAACUGAGCGACGGCGCUUUGCGUAUGGACACCGGCCUCGAGAAGCUGGCCGAGGCAUCCUCCUCGGUACUGAUCCUCAAAAAAGACCUCGCGGCCAUGGAGAAAGAACUGGCGGACGCCUCUCAGAGAGCCGAGCGAGUCCUAACCGAGGUGACAGAGAGGGCAAUGCAGGCCGAGAUUGUCAAGAAUCAGGUGCAAAAGGUGAAGGAGAAGGCGGAGGCGUUGGUGUCCUCGAUAGCCGUCGAGAAGGCCAGGGCGGAGGAGAAGCUGGAAGCGGCCAAACCGGCCUUGGAGGAGGCGGAAGCGGCCUUGAAUACGAUAAAACCGGCUCACAUAGCGACCGUGAGGAAACUCGGAAGACCGCCCCAUCUGAUCAUGCGCAUCAUGGAUUGCGUGCUGAUUUUGUUCCAGAGGAGGCUGCAGUCGGUGGUGGCGGACACCGCCGCACCAUGCCCCAAGCCCUCCUGGGCCGAGUCGCUGAAGAUGAUGGCAUCCACCACGUUCCUCCUCCAGCUGCAAAACUACCCCAAGGAUGUGAUCAACAACGAGAUGGUCGACCUGCUGCGGCCCUACUUCAGCAUGGACGAUUACAACAUGGACACGGCGAAGAGGGUGUGCGGCGACGUCGCCGGCCUCCUCUCGUGGACCAAGGCAAUGGCGUUCUUCCACAGCGUCAAUCGGGAAGUGUUGCCGCUCAAGGCGAACCUCACGCUUCAGGAGGCGCGGCUCAAGAUCGCGAUGGAGGACCUCGCGGCCGCGGAACAACAGCUCGAGGAUCGGGAACAAGCCCUCAAGGAGGUCAAGGACCAGUACGACGGUGCCGUCAUGGAGAAACAACGGCUCACGGACGCCGCGAACCUGUGCCUGAGGAAGAUGAACACCGCGACCGCCCUCAUCAAGGGUCUCGGUGGGGAGAAGGUGCGCUGGACGCAGCAGAGCAAAGAGUUCAAAGAGCAGCUCGGCCGACUGGUGGGCGACGUCCUCCUAGCCACGGGGUUCUUAUCCUACUGCGGUCCUUAUAACCAAGAGUUCCGCGCGGGUCUCGUCAACACCUGGAUGGACAUCCUGCAGUCUAGAUCUAUACCUUACACGAUCCGUUUGAACAUAACGAGCAUGCUGGUGGAGAACGCGACAGUGUCCGAGUGGACGCUGCAGGGGUUGCCCAACGACGACCUGUCGGUCCAGAACGCGCUCAUAGUCACCAAAUCGAGGUCGUAUCCGUUGCUGAUCGAUCCCCAGAACCAAGGCAAGAUGUGGAUCAAAAACAAGGAAGCGGACAACAACUUGCAGAUCACCUCGCUAAAUCAUAAGUACUUCCGCACGCACCUCGAGGAUUGCUUGUCGCUCGGAAAACCGCUGCUUAUCGAAGACAUCGACGUGGAAUUGGACCCGGUGCUCGACAACGUCUUGGAGAAGAACUUUAUCAAGUCCGGCAGUAUCGAGAAGGUGAUCGUCGGGGACAAGGAGUGUGACGUGCUCAAAGGGUUCAUGCUGUACAUCACCACCAAGCUGCCGAAUCCGCCUUACUCGCCCGAAAUAAGCGCCAAAACGUCGAUCAUUGACUUCACGGUGACGAUGCUCGGCCUCGAGGAUCAACUCCUCGGCAGGGUCAUCCUCAUGGAAAAGUCCGACUUGGAGGCGGAACGAGUGGCCCUGUUCGAGUCGGUCAUGCAGAACCAGAAACGCAUGAAAGAAUUGGAGAGCAACCUGCUCGGGAGACUCAAUUCCACUGAAGGCUCGCUGGUCGACGACGAGGAGCUGAUCAACGUCCUCCAAGUGACCAAGACCACCGCGGAGGAGGUCACCCAGAAGCUGUCCGUAUCGGUGAACACGGAGAAGAAGAUCAACGUCGCCAGGGAAGAGUUUAGAGCGGUGGCAACCAGAGGAUCGAUCCUCUACUUUCUCAUUGUCGAGAUGAGCAACGUGAACGUCAUGUACCAGAACUCGCUCAAGCAGUUCCUCAUCAUCUUCGACAGCUCGAUCACCAAAUCGGAGAAGAGCAACAACGCCGCGGAGCGGAUCGACACCAUACUCAAGUACUUGACGCGCGAAGUGUGGACGUUCACCCAGCGCAGCCUCUACGAGCGUCACAAGGCGCUCUUCACUCUGAUGAUGGCGAUGAAGAUCGACCUCCAGAAAGGACGGAUUACCCACGAGGAGUUCAUGGCGUUUAUCAAAGGCGGAGCGUCGCUGGACUUGAACGCGGUCCAACCGAAACCAUUCAAGUGGAUAUUGGACAUCACCUGGCUCAACCUGGUGGAGAUCCACAAGCUGGUCGUUUUCGCCGACAUCCUGGGCAAGAUCGAAGCGAACGAGAAAGAGUGGAGGUGCUGGUACGAGAGAGAGAAACCCGAGGAAGAGGACAUACCCUGCGGAUACCAGAAAAGUCUGGACGUGUUUAGAAAGCUGCUGUUGAUAAGAUCGUGGAGCCCUGACCGCACCCUUUCCCAGGCCAGGAAGUACAUCAUAGAUUCUUUAGGCGACGAGUACGGCGAGCCGUGCAUCCUCGACCUCGAAGCCACCUGGUCUGAGUCGGAACCACGGACUCCACUGAUUUGCAUCCUGUCCAUCGGGUCGGAUCCUUCCCCUCAAAUCUCGGCCCUGGCCAAAUCGAAAGACGUCCCGUUGAAGUCGGUAUCGAUGGGUCAAGGUCAAGAAGUAGUGGCCAGGGAUAUGAUAGAGGGCGCCAUCGCCAACGGAGGGUGGGUUCUGUUACAGAACAUCCAUCUAUCGCUGCCAUUCGCUUCGGAGGUGAUGACGAUGAUCGUCGACGCGGACAAGAUCGAAGACAGCUUCAGGAUCUGGCUGACCACUGAAGUGCACGAGCAGUUCCCGAUAGGACUCCUCCAAAUGGCCAUCAAGUUUACCAACGAGCCUCCGCAGGGUAUACGAGCGAGCCUCAAGAGAACCUACCAGGGAAUAACGCAAGACUAUCUCGACUACUCCACUCAGUAUCAAUGGCCGCCGCUGCUUUACGCGGUCGCGUUCCUCCACACCAUAGUCCAGGAGAGGAGGAAGUUCGGGCCACUGGGCUGGAACGUGCCCUACGAAUUCAACCAAGCCGACUUCGCCGCCAGCGUGCAAUUUAUACAGAACCAUCUCGACGACAUGGAUCCCAAGAAGGGGGUGUCGUGGCCCACCGUAUGCUACAUGCUCGGCGAAGUCCAAUAUGGCGGCCGCGUCACCGACGACUUCGACAAACGCCUUCUCACCACCUUCACCCAGGUGUGGUUCUGCGACGUCCUCCUCAGACCCGGGUUCGAGUUCUAUCGCGGCUACAAAAUACCACCCUCCAAGAACCUCCAGGGGUACCUGGACUACAUCAACGGACUCCCGUCGACCGAUUCUCCCGAGGUAUUCGGACUCCAUUCGAACGCCGACAUCACCUACCAGAUCAACACCGCGAAGGGUAUCCUGGACACCAUCCUCAGCGUGCAACCGAAAGAAGGCGGCAGCCAGGGGGGCGAGACGAGAGAGAGCGUGGUGUACUGCCUCGCGGAAGAUAUGCUCGCCAAGCUGCCCGAGGUCUACAACUCGUUCGAGGUCAAGGAAGCUUUGGUCAGGAUGGGAGCGCUGCUGCCGAUGAACAUCUUCCUCAGGCAGGAGAUCGACCGUAUCCAACGCGUGAUCAAGGAGGUGAAAUCGACCUUGACCGACCUAAAGCUUGCCAUAGACGGCACGAUAGUGAUGAGUCAGAGUCUAAGGACGUCGUUGAACGCGAUGUACGACGCUAGGAUACCGGAGCGGUGGCAAAAGGUGUCUUGGGAAUCGGCGACGCUGGGUUUUUGGUACACCGAACUCCUCGAGAGGGACGCCCAGUUCCGGACCUGGUGCAACAAGGGCAGACCGGCGGUUUUCUGGAUGACCGGUUUCUUCAACCCGCAAGGAUUUCUCACGGCCAUGCGGCAAGACGUGACAAGGGCGCACAAGGGAUGGGCCCUCGACUCGGUGGUCCUCCAGAACCUGAUAACGAGGUACAACAAAGAAGACAUCAGGGACGGGCCCGCGGAAGGGGUGUACGUCCGCGGGUUGUUCCUAGAAGGGGCGGGGCUGGACCGAAGGUCGGGGAAGUUGGUCGAGAGCAAACCGAAGGUUCUGUACGAGCAGAUGCCCGUCAUUUACAUCUACGCGAUUAAUACGACCGCGGGCAAGGACCCGAAGCUGUACGAGUGUCCGAUUUACAGGAAACCGCAGCGCACUGACCAAAAGUACGUCGGCAGUAUCGACUUCGAGACGGACCACAACCCCCGCCACUGGACGCUCAGGGGAGUUGCGUUGCUAUGCGAUAUCAAGUGACGUCAUCUCGGCUGGAUACGUCAGUAAAUAAAACUUCGU